UCCCUGGCCCUGGUAUCAACACUCUGGAAAAGGCCUUCAGGAUCGAGCACGCCUGAAAGCCACGCCCAAAUCCAAAGGCUCGCACCCGCCUCUGCACUGUUGACUCUGAGCCUUGAGAGCGGCCAGAGGACUCUACGCCAACCAGCCAAUGGCCAGGGAACGGGGGCGGGACCUCGGGGUGUCCGGCCAAUAGGAAUGCGGCGGGGCAGAAGGGCGACCCCGCUCCUUGGCGGUGGGGGUUCGUAGCCCCAGCCCCUGUCCCGGGCCAUGUGGGACCCGUGCGUGGCAGUGCUCGGAGCCGUGCUCUUUUUGCUGUUCUUCACGUUUGGGAUCCACCAGCUCCUGAAGCAGAGGCGGCCCACAGGCUUCCCUCCCGGGCCGUCGGGUCUGCCACUUAUCGGCAACAUCUACUCACUGGCCGCCUCGGGCGAGCUUCCUCACGUCUACUUGAGAAAGCAGAGCCAGGUGUACGGCGAGAUCUUCAGUUUAGAUCUUGGAGGAAUAUCAACUGUGGUUUUAAAUGGCUAUGAUGUAAUAAAAGAAUGCCUUGUUCAUCAAAGUGAGAUUUUUGCAGACAGACCAUGCCUUCCUUUAUUCAUGAAGAUGACAAAAAUGGGAGGCUUACUCAAUUCCAGAUACGGUCGAGGAUGGAUUGACCACAGAAGAUUGGCUGUAAAUAGCUUUCGCUAUUUUGGAUAUGGCCAAAAGUCUUUUGAAUCUAAAAUCUUAGAAGAAACCAAAUUUUUUAUUGAUGUUAUUGAAACAUACAAAGGUAGACCUUUUGACCUGAAACAGUUAAUAACAAAUGCUGUUUCAAACAUAACCAAUCUGAUCAUUUUUGGAGAACGAUUCACUUAUGAAGACACUGAUUUUCAGCACAUGAUUGAGUUAUUUAGUGAAAAUGUGGAACUAGCUGCCAGUGCCUCCGUCUUCCUGUAUAAUGCCUUUCCAUGGAUUGGCAUCUUACCUUUUGGAAAACAUCAACAGCUGUUUAGAAAUGCAGCUGUGGUCUACGAUUUUCUCUCCAGGCUUGUUGAAAAAGCUUCCAUCAACAGAAAACCUCAGUUACCUAAGCAUUUCGUUGAUGCUUAUUUAGAUGAGAUGGAUCAAGGUAAAAAUGACCCAUCAUCUACUUUCUCCAAAGAAAAUCUUAUUUUUUCUGUGGGUGAACUCAUCAUUGCUGGAACCGAAACUACCACCAAUGUGCUACGGUGGGCAAUUCUUUUCAUGGCCCUUUAUCCUAACAUUCAAGGACAAGUUCAGAAAGAGAUCGAUUUAAUUAUGGGACCCACUGCGAAGCCUUCUUGGGAUGACAAAUGCAAAAUGCCUUAUACCAAGGCAGUUUUGCAUGAAGUUUUAAGAUUCUGUAAUAUAGUGCCAUUAGGGAUUUUCCAUGCAACCUCUGAAGACACAGUUGUACGUGGUUAUUCCAUUCCUAAAGGCACGACAGUAAUUACCAAUCUUUAUUCUGUACACUUUGAUGAAAAGUACUGGAGAAACCCGGAAAUAUUCUAUCCUGAGCGUUUUCUGGACAGCAGUGGAUAUUUUGCUAAGAAGGAAGCUUUGGUUCCUUUUUCCCUGGGGAGAAGACACUGUCUUGGAGAACAGUUGGCUCAGAUGGAAAUGUUCCUGUUUUUUACAACAUUGCUUCACAAGUUUCACCUGCAUUUUCCACAUGAACUGGCCCCAGAUCUGAAGCCCAGAUUAGGCAUGACGCUGCAGCCCCAGCCCUACCUCAUCUGUGCGGAAAGGCGCUGAAAGCGCAUGGAUGUUUUCUGGGAGAAGGCUAGCUGGUUCCCUUUCUUUUUUUAAAACAAAUCUAAUCAGUAUAUGCGUUUGGACAAAAGUCACAGCAUCAUAAAGCCAAAUGAACACAGGUGUGUCUUUGAAAACAGUACUAAAGCAAUGAUAAGCAUUAGCUAUUUCUUUAAGCUUUUAUGACUUAUAAGGUGGAAUGAUCCGUGGAGGAAAACAAAGGUGCUGAUGACAGGUGUUGCUUGAGUAAGAAGGGCCGUGGGUGCAGAGCCUGACGUACACCACGUAUUUCUCAGCCUUUCUUGACUCCAUCUUGCUCUGGUCCUGGGGCCUCUGUUUCUAACUGCCGAUGCCAGCCCCCUUCUGAUCAGGUAUUGUCAUUAAUGGGUAGUGUGGAAUGCGUCCAGUUUAAUAGAGGACUCAAGAAGAAAUUAGAAUCCAAAUAACCGAGUUUGGAAUACAGAGGUAUUUUAGACAUGGUGGCAGAUAAUAAAAGAAAAUGUCUAUAUA